GGCAGCACCGGAGCCUGGCGACAGAGCCAGGCUGAGCUGGCACCCACGACCCCCCUUCCCUGCUAUGAUGGCCCAUCAGUAGCAGGUUACAGAACCCCCGGGGGCAUGUGGGCAGAGCUAGCGGCAGCCAGGUGCGUAGAGCCACAAGAGCUCUAGGGCACUCUGGGGGCAGUUCUGCCUGCUGCGCUCUCUGGUGCCGCGGGAAUGCCCAACUGCCGGGCGAGCUGGUAAGGACAAGAACGUUCCCUUUUGGCCCGACUCUGCUGUAUCCAUGGCGCUGCUGGCCAGUCUGGUGCUCCUGUGCUGCUUGGCACUUCUGGCGCUGCCAGCCCAGAGCUGCGGGCCGGGCCGGGGGCCGGUUGGCCGGCGCCGCUAUGUGCGCAAGCAGCUUGUGCCGCUGCUCUACAAGCAAUUUGUGCCCAGCGUGCCCGAACGGACUCUGGGCGCCAGUGGGCCGGCCGAGGGGAGGGUUGUAAGGGGCUCAGAGCGCUUCCGGGACCUGGUGCCUAACUACAAUCCUGACAUCAUCUUCAAAGAUGAGGAGAACAGUGGCGCAGACCGCCUGAUGACCGAGCGCUGUAAGGAGCGGGUGAACGCGCUGGCCAUCGCCGUGAUGAACAUGUGGCCCGGGGUGCGCCUACGGGUGACCGAGGGCUGGGACGAAGACGGCCACCACGCCCAGGACUCCCUCCACUACGAAGGCCGCGCCCUGGACAUCACCACGUCCGACCGCGACCGCAAUAAGUAUGGGUUGCUGGCGCGCCUGGCAGUGGAAGCUGGCUUCGACUGGGUCUACUACGAGUCCCGCAACCACGUCCACGUGUCGGUCAAAGCCGAUAAUUCACUGGCGGUCAGGGCAGGCGGCUGCUUUCCGGGAAAUGCCACCGUGCGCCUGCGGAGUGGCGAGCGGAAGGGGCUGCGGGAACUGCACCGCGGGGAUUGGGUGCUGGCGGCGGACUCCGCAGGCCGCGUGGUGCCCACGCCGGUGCUGCUCUUCCUGGACCGGGACUUGCAGCGCCGGGCCUCUUUCGUGGCAGUGGAGACCGAGCGGCCCCCGCGCAAGCUGUUGCUCACACCCUGGCACCUGGUGUUCGCGGCUCGAGGGCCCGCGCCCGCGCCGGCGGACUUUGCACCGGUGUUCGCGCGCCGGGGCGUGUUCGCGCCGCUUACGGCGCAUGGGACGCUGCUGGUCAACGACGUCCUGGCCUCAUGCUACGCGGUUCUGGAGAGUCACCAGUGGGCGCACCGGGCCUUUGCUCCUUUGCGCCUGCUGCACGCGCUGGGGGCUCUGCUGCCCGGAGGGGCGGUGCAGCCGACGGGCAUGCAUUGGUACUCCAGGUUCCUCUAUCGGCUGGCGGAGGAGCUGCUGGGCUGAGCACUCUGAGCCUAGUAACCUCGAGGAGCCCGCCGAAAAGAGGGCUUGGGGGCUGAGAUC